CGUUUGCGCGUGCGCAAUACGUCUCAGGGCGUGAGGGCGGGGAGGCCUGGAUGAUUUAACCCGCGAGAACCGCUGGUGGGAAGCACUUGCGGGCGCGGAGGAACGCGUAGGCCCCUUGUUGCCCAGCAGCCGCCACUUUCCCAGUGACCAUGAUAGUGUUUGUCCGAUUCAACUCCAGCCAUGGUUUCCCAGUGGAGGUCAAUUCUGAUACCAGCAUCUUGCAGCUCAAAGAAGUGGUUGCUAAGCGACAGGGGGUUCCAACUGACCAGCUGCGUGUGAUUUUCGCGGGGAAGGAGCUCUGGAACGACUUGACAGUGCAGAACUGUGAUCUGGAACAACAGAGCAUCAUUCACAUUGUGCAGAGACCAGAAAAGAAAGAUCAGGAAACAAAUCCACCUGGAGGGGACAAGGCCAGAAAUACUUUGGGAGCCUCUUCCAGGGAACCCAUGAGCUUGACACGGGUGGACCUCAGCAGCUCCGUCCUGCCUGCAGACUCCGUGGGUCUGGCUGUCAUUCUGGACACUGAGAGCAGGAAUGAUUCAGCAGCAGUCAGAAGCCCAGGUAGCACAACAUACAACAGCUUCUAUGUUUAUUGCAAAAUGCCCUGUCAAAGGGUGCAGCCUGGAAAGCUCCGAGUACAGUGUGGCACCUGCAAACAAGCCACCCUCACCUUGGCCCAGGGUCCAUCUUGCUGGGAAGAUGUCUUGUUUCCAAACCGGAUGAGUGGUGAAUGCCAAUCUCCAGGCUGCCCUGGGACCAGUGCAGAAUUUUUCUUUAAGUGUGGAGCACACCCAACCUCAGAUCAGGACACAUCAGUGGCUUUGAACCUAAUAACAACCAACAGCCGCAGCAUCACUUGUAUCACGUGCACAGACAUCAGGAGCCCUGUUCUGGUUUUCCCGUGUAACCAUCGCCACGUGAUUUGCUUAGACUGUUUUCACUUGUAUUGUGUGACCAGACUCAACGAUCGGCAGUUUGUCCAUGACCCUGAGCUUGGCUACUCUUUGCCUUGUGUGGCUGGCUGUCCCAACUCCUUGAUUAAAGAGCUCCAUCACUUCAGGAUCCUUGGAGAAGAGCAGUAUAACCGGUACCAGCAGUAUGGUGCUGAAGAGUGUGUGCUGCAGAUGGGAGGAGUGCUGUGCCCUCACCCUGGCUGUGGAGCAGGGCUGCUGCCGGAGCAGGGGCAGAAGAAGGUCACCUGUGAGGCCGUCAGCAGCCUGGGCUGUGGGUUUGUCUUUUGCCGGGACUGCAAGGAAGCAUACCAUGAAGGUGAAUGUGGUGCCGUAUGUGAAGCCUCAGGAGCAGGUAUUCAGGCCUACAGAAUUGAUGAGCGAGCCGCCGAGCAAGCCCGCUGGGAAGAGGCCACCAAGGAAACCAUCAAGAAAACCACCAAGCCCUGCCCUCGCUGCAGCGUGCCAGUGGAGAAGAAUGGUGGAUGCAUGCACAUGAAGUGUCCGCAGCCCCAGUGCAGGCUCGAGUGGUGCUGGACCUGUGGCUGUGAGUGGAACCGCACCUGCAUGGGCGACCACUGGUUCGAUGUGUAGCAACCACGGUGGAACACACGUCUGGCCACCUGUCCUAUUGGAAACACACACCAUCCUGUCUUCACUUGCCCCUUCUUCUUCUCCCAAACACUUAAUUUGCAGGCACGCAUGCACGCAUGCACGCAUGCACGCCCAUACGCACAUGCACUUGCACAGGCACACGCACAAACUCAGGGUUCAAAUUCUUGCCAAAAAUCACAAAAGCAAAAUUACAGAAGCUCCUGGAUCUCUUCCACUGCAUCCAUGGAAAACAGCAAAGCCAAGUCUGACACCAGCAAGAGGCACUUUCAGGCCCAAGAUCAUACAAGGCCAGCACACAAAUUAAACAGCAGCCUAUGUGCUUUGAAUAGCUUGUUUUUCUAGCCUGAAUUCAAGUUGGGCUGAAUCAAUACAUGGAGCAAUUCCUAAGGUUUAAUUUCCUGCCUCUGUCCUUCAGCAAAUACAGUGCAGAAGCCACUGGCAAGGUGGGGAGUAGUUUGAGAGGACUCUCGCCAGUGGCACCAUGCAAGACUAACUCCUAUGAAUUUUCAGAAUUAUGUUCACGGCUGUCAGAGCAAUGUUCUUAUUUAAAUUUUCAGAGAACAUCUCUGUGCAAAGAGUCCCAGGCAAUAGUCAAGAAUAAUUGUUUACCCCCAAGAAUUCUAUCUUUAUAAAUUGUGCCGAUGAAAUAGCAACUAUGCACACAUCAGCUUUUAAACUAAGUGAGAAAUUACAAAAGCUAAUUUGAGUGUGGAAUGUUGAAAUUACAGAGAAGAAAGCAAAAUUUAAUGUACUGUCAUUUCAUUUAAUUAUUUGCAACUUUAGAAAGAAAUUAUUUUCCUAGGAAUAUUACAAAAUCUAUAAUUUGAUUUUAAGUGUUCAUUUUGCAGCUUGAGAAUUUAGCUAAUGCAUUUAUCUUCAUUCUAAAUUUAAUACAUAAAGUGCUUUAAAUGAGACUUUUGAGGCAUGAUUUCAUAACAUUAUGAUGUUAUGUUCACUGUCGACAAAAGUGCAGGUUAUUAUACAAAAUCUUCAGAGAAGAACAUUUCCUAAACUAAGCAAAAAUGCACUUGGCCCUUCCCACAGGUGUGCAGGAGGGUGCACGUGUUCUGCACACCCCUGCCCUUCCCCAGCCUGCAAGUCCCCGCCCUGCCCACACUCCCCCCAGGGGGUUCCUGCAAGGCGGAGCUCUCUGUAUAGGACAGUUAGCGCACACUAGAAUACUCCUCAGAUUAACAUACAUUGAAUUUGAGAGUGAUCAAACUGUCAACUUUUUCUAGACAUUUGCACCACAUCAAAAAAUAUGCACUACACACUGUGAAAUGCAUCUCUGCUGCUCAGUGUACAGGUGAGACAGUGAACUACGGCCUUUUGCUCUCACUGAGCCUGGCUUCCCAGGAGGGUGGUGAGUAUGCACAGGCUGUACCGUGUCUCAGAGGCACAGAGUCCUUUCUACUUCUGGAGACCUGGAAACUGAAGUCAGUACCCAGCCUCCUCUUUCAGAAAUCUUACCACAGGUCCUUGCUGGCAGAGGAGAACGACAACCUCAGGAACUUUCCAGGCCGCGUUCCAAGACCUCUAUUUCCACUUCCCUAACCACGUCACCUAGUCCAUGUGCCCACGUCUCCCAGCCACCCAAGGAACAUUCUGCCCUCUGUUCCCCUCAUGGUUACUGCACUGGGGGAAGACAGAGUUCUGUGGCCACCCCGUCACUACAAACAGCCUCAUGUGCUUCACCCUGUUGAAAACCCAGGGGCUCCAUCAGGCCCUCCGGCUGCCAGACUGGCCCAGAAGCUGAAAUAUCAAACAAGUGAUGGGAUGUGGUUUCAGGAAAAGAACCUGGGCAAGGGCCCAGGUUUCACAGAGGCAAGACGGUGUGCAGAGCCCAACCCCAGUCAGGGCCUGAAUGUGUGUUGUUGACAAUCCCACUCCUUGUGCUGGCCCAGUGUGGCUGAUCAGGUGACACCCUCCCGCCGCAUGGAAAGGCCACCAUGCAGCAUUUUGCAUCAGACGUAGUGUGCUCUUUCUUAAGUGGUUUCUCGUUAUGGCCUCCUUCCGAAUCUGCAUGGUGUGGCUUUGUGAGACCGAAACGAGGUUUGCUGCUGUGAGUUUCUGGGGCCACAGAAGCCCCUGGUGCUGUGUGGUUUCUAUCCUGGUCUCUUUCCUUCCUGGCGAUGUCCUUUUCCUUCCACCCUUCCUCCCUGCCUCCCUCCUCUCCUUCUUCCCU